AUAUUGAAAAAAUUUUCGUCUAAAAAAUAUUUGUAGUAAAAUAAACUUCUAAAAUAAAAACAAAUGGGAACCAAAUUUAGUAAAUCUAAUAUCUCAGUUACUGAUAUAGUAAACACCAAAAAUUGUUUACAUUGUAAUAAACCCUUUACCGAAGAAUUAUGGUGUAAAGAAUGUAUUAAUUCUUUAGAAAAAGCAGCAGAAAAUGGUGAUGAAAGGGCAAUGCAUAAUUUAGCCUUUUGUUAUUACAAUGGAGGAGGAACAGAAAAGAAUUUAGAAAAAGCCUUUUAUUGGUAUCAAAAAGCAGCAGAAAAUGGUGAUGAAAAGGCAAUGCAUAAUUUAGCCUUACGUUAUAGAAAUGGAGAAGGAACAGAAAAGAAUUUAGAAAAAGCCUUUUAUUGGCAUCAAAAAGCAAUAGAAAUUAACAAAAUAAAUUUUAAAAAUGAAGUUGAAUUAUGUAAUAUAUGCAAACAGUUAUAUACUAAUUACCAGUGGUGUCAACAAUGUAAUGCCAAACAAUUUCAACUUGAUUUUUCAAAGUGGACCAGUAAAAAUGAAUUUAUUGAUAAAUUUAUUCAAGAAGCACAACUAAAUGCCAAAAAUAGUUAUGAAAUUUUAGAAUGGAUACCUUAUAAUAAAUUGUUAAAUAUUAAUUAUUAUGAUAAAGGAGGAUUUAGUGAAAUUCAUAAAGCUAUCUGGUUCGAUGGACCUAUUUUUAGUUGGAACUUUGACAAACAACAAUGGAAUAGACAAUUAGGUUAUGAGGUUAUUCUUAAAACACUUAAUAAUUCACCAAAUUUAAAUAGUAAAUUUCUGGAUGAGUGGAAAUAUCAUUAUAAUUGUCAGAAAAAAUCAUUUUCAAAGUUUAUUCAAUUUUUUGGAUUUACCCAAGAUCCAAAUAAUUCAAAUUAUAUAAUAAUAAUGAGUUAUGCAAAAAAAGGAAGUUUAAGAAAAUGUUUAUCUGAUAUAAUUAAAUUUAAAUGGCAAGAAAAGUUACAAUUAUUGAAAAAAAUUGUAUUAGGGCUCAAAGUAAUUCAUGAAUCAAAUUUAACUCAUGGUGAUUUUCAUGAUGGUAAUAUUUUAAUAUCAGAUAAUUACAAUGAGUUAUUUAUUAUUGAUUUAGGAUUAUGUAAACCUAUAAAUGAUUUACAAGAUUCUGACAAUAAAAUUAAAGAAAUCUAUGGAGUUUUACCUUAUAUGGCACCUGAAACAUUAAGACAAAAACCCUAUACACCAGCAAGUGAUAUUUAUAGUUUUUCAAUGGUAAUGUGGGAAUUUACAUCAGGCAUUCCUCCAUUUAAUCGUGUAGCACAUGAUCAUCACCUUACCUUAAGUAUUUGUAAAGGAGAACGGCCUGAAAUUAUUGAAAAUACUCCAAAAUGUUAUAUAAAUUUAAUGAAAAAAUGUUGGGAUUCAGAUCCUUCCAAUAGACCAACCAUAGCAAUGCUCGAAAAUAUUAUAUCUGAAUGGAUUAGAUGUAUUAAUAAAUAUUAUGAAAUAAACAGGAAUGGAAAUUAUAAUUUUGAAGUACCUAAUAUUGAUAAUAAAUUAAAAGAUGAUAUGUUGGAAUUUAUAAAAGCAAACAAAACUUUAGUACAAGAACAAGCAAAUGCUCCUAUUAUACAAUCUCAUACACAAGCAUAUUAUACAAGUCGUAAAUUUACUGAAAUCUUAAAUACUGGUUGUUUUGAAUGUGAAGUUGACAUUUAAAAAUUCUGUUAUUUAUUCUUUAUUUGUUGGGCUAUUUGUCAGUUGUUAUUUUUCAAUUUUUACUAAAAUAAAUAUUUUAAUACAGAUAUAAUAAUUAUUGAAAUAAUCUUUAUU